UAUAUAUAUCAUACAUUGGGUGAGGCGGCUCAUGAUAAAAAACUUGGAUAAACGAAGGCGGUCGAUAGUAGUAUAUUGAUAUUACAACGUUCGCGUCAAGUUCUGGAAACGUUUUGACGGAAUAUCACCUUGGAAGUUGUCAAGAGUUGGAAAAUGUCAGUGAAAGAAUGCGAAAUUAAAAAUUCCACCUUGGUAUUAUGUUACAACGGUGCAGAUUGCCCAGAACAGUCCAGUUCAGAUGUCACAUGCAAAUGCUGGCCUGGCUUUUCUGGAAAGGAAUGUGAAAUAGAUCUCAGGGCUCUAUGGGGAAUCACCAUAGCAACAGGUAUAUUGCUUGUGAUCCUCUCAAUACUCGUUGCUGUUUGGUUUGCCAUGCUGUGGAAGCGUGCCAAUGAAUUGAUGCCCUCUGAAUUGAUGCCCUCCAAGCUCUCCAAGAGACAACAACAACAGAGGUAUCCGUAUCCAUUACACGAUGAUGUAGGCCCGAGUAUGAUGCCAACGGGAAUGGUUCCAGGGAAUCAAUAUGCUACUUCAUUGCCUGGAAACUAUUCGAUGAACGAUUUAGGUGCGCCUCGAGAUCGAAGGGAGUAUGACACAAAUUGGGAAGCCGCAGGAGCCAAAGGAGGCCCCCGAUUCCAAUCAACCGAUCAACUUCUCAAUGAACUAAAGGAUCGUAUCCGGGCGUACGAAGAUACCUUUCAGACGCAUAACAAGGCUUUCUCAGUGGACGAUGAACGGCUUUAUUCUCGUAGGUAUCCCCCUGGUUUAGGAAAUCAAUGACCAUCAGGGGUACGAGUUUUGCCGUAUAUUGGCGAGGACAGCCGGUACGACCCCACACAAAGGGUCGCCAUUGAUAGACCCCAGCUCCAUCAAGGAAGAAUAAGAAAUAGUUUGAAUUGGUGAACCAUACUGCAGGAAAGUUACGAACAGAAAUAGCAGUCAGACAACAUAUGCAGUUUAACCCCACCUGAGACGCUUCCAUAUCGAUCUUUCGAAUUCCCACUGGAAAGUAACAAACGAAAGGCACGAUCCUAAUGUACACAAUGAUAUUCUAUAUAAUAUGGCGUAUUCGGCUAAACGGCAUUUUAACACUUGAUUGGACACCCUGUAUAUAAUAUAUCUUAAGAAUCGAAAGAAUUUAAAAACUAUAUGAACUAUUUGAUCAUUAAUUUAGUACUUUGGCUACCCUGUGCGUAGAGUCUAGUUAUAAACUACAAGUAAAGAUAAGUCGAACGAAUGCAAAGGGUGUGAUUUGGGACAUGUUUGACCAAAAAUUAAUAACAUUGUUUGAGUGUAGGGAUAUCGUCCCCAUUUUGGAAUUUUUAUACUGACGUUCAUAUAUUACUUGUAAAUUGCAGUCAUUUCUUAUGGCACAAAAAUAUAUCAUCGGAAUAUUUUUCAAUCAAAUCUGAUUAUAAUUAUGUACACGAUAGUACUCAUGAUUCAGAUCAACGUGAAGAAUAGUGACCUAUAAAUCCUAUUUAAUAAAAAUGAAAUUGAUAUUGCUCGUAUUUUUCGUUUUAAAAUUGACCCAUUGUCACACACUUUCUACGACGCAACGUGAAUUCAUAUUUCCAAAUAAUUCUGGUGACAUUUGCAUGUCAAUGCCUUGUUUUUAUAUGGUUGGAGUAGUUUGCCAAAACAAAUCGAUAUUGAAAUCUUGAAGCUCACUUCAACAUUUAUUGAAAGGUAUGUUAGUGUCUAGAUUUUUCUAUCGCCAAUUUAUUUGUAUACACAAUUCUCUUACUUUUAGUAAA